AUGAAGAUCCCGCAAUGGACGCAUGGCUUUUUGCUUGCACCUGCACCGAGGCUCAAUGGGAACAUCUUGUUCAUCGUCUCCCACCACCAUCACCGAAUCUUUGACUCGUAUCGAUGUGCGCGCUCGGCGGCGAAGUCCAACUCGAACGUGAAGCGAGACCUUGGCACUGAGCGGGAUCCGGAGCCGGGGCGCAUGAGCUACGGCUGGCAACUCGAACGCUUACCGGAGAUCAAGGAUGGAAUCGAUACAUCCCGCCCAGUUGUGGAACCUCGUAGAGCCCGCAACGCGGAGCCCCAGCUGAUCGACGGACCUUACUCCACGUGGGACCUCGAAGUGCUUCCGCGCAUGGCGCAAUCACAACUCUUUCCACGCGCACGACUCGACGGAUGCACUCCAGGUCACGAUCCUGUUGACGGAUCCCGGACCCGGCUUCAUCACCACCCGUUCGGCGUCGAGAUACUCGUCAUCAAGCUAUCCUUCCCCGGAAAGCAAGCGCACUCACGAUCGAUGAUCCAAUUUGGAAGUAUUGGUUGAUACUUGAUGCCGCUCCGUGCGCCAUAGGCGCUAUCUUGGGCCGUCGCGAUUUCGCCGAACCGCGAGGAAGGCAUCUCGCAAGUUGACCGUGAUUCCGGCCUGAGGCCCGGCUUUCGUGGUGGCAACCAAUGGAAAUGGAACCAUCUUCGCAGCCCAGUGGUCAUCCUGACUGAAUCGGACCCAUGUGAUGCUUUGCACGCAUGCCUCCGUCGGGGACAACAAGCGCGAAACAUACUCCGGUGGAAGAAGCUGCGGACCAUUUCUCGACCUGAGUGGUCGAGAGUCUCCCGAAGCAGCCGUCUCUUAGAUGGAGGGCAUCACAUGCACCUAUUCGUUCCUGCAACGGCGUUCAUCACGCGGCAGACAGGCAGCAGGUCCGCAAGAACGCGAUUACUUUGGUACUGUACGAUGGGCGUCGUCCAUCGGCAGUUGCGUAUAAAAACGAGCGCGGCGUCGCUGGGCUCGGCACUGGGCAGACCUCGGUGCACCAUCCACUCUCGCCUACCCCUCUCUGACGACCCGGGCCAUGUUCUGGUUCUCAAUAUUACCAGCUCUCGUCGGGCUGCUGACCUUGGCCCGCACGGCCACGUCGGCAUGCUCCGGGUCUCUCGGUGCAGGAACUGCUGCCGCUGGAGACGCCUUCUGGCUCCAGUCCAUCUCCCACCAAGGCGUCGCACCCAACAGCGGUCAAUCCAGCUACACCGUCUUCAGGAAUGUCAAGGACUUCGGCGCCAAGGGUGACGGUGUGACCGAUGAUACCGCAGCUAUCAACAAUGCUAUCUCCUCGGGAGGACGAUGUGGAGGAGGCAGCUGUCCAUCUACCACGACUACGCCGGCGCUCGUCUUCUUCCCGUCCGGAACAUACAAAGUCUCGAGCCCGAUCGUUGCCUACUACUUCACGCAGCUCAUCGGUGAUGCCAAGAAUCCCCCGACUCUCCUUGCCGCGAACAACUUUGCUGGUAUCGCGGUCAUCGAUGCGGACCCAUACCUCGCUGGCGGCGCCAACUGGUACACCAACCAGAACAACUUUUUCCGCUCCGUGAGGAACUUCGUCAUCGACCUCCGACAGAUGCCGACCACUUCCGGCACCGGUAUCCAUUGGCAAGUCUCGCAAGCCACGUCACUCGUCAACAUCGUCGUCGAAAUGUCCACAGCUGCCGGCAACUCGCAGCAGGGCAUCUUCAUGGAGAACGGCAGUGGAGGGUUCAUGGGCGAUAUUGUCUUCAACGGCGGAAAAUUCGGUGUUUGGCUCGGAAACCAGCAAUUCACUGUCCGCAACAUCACCGUUAACAAUGCCGCGACGUGCAUCUUCAUGCAAUGGAACUGGGGCUGGACAUUCCAGGGGGUUACACUCAACAACUGUGGCGUCGGCAUAGACCUUACGACCGGUGGAUUGACCCAGGAUACCCAGACCGUCGGCGCGGAAGCAAUCAUCGAUGCAGUUGUCACCAAUACGCCGAUAUUCUUGCGCUCCUCGACCAACUCCCAGGGCUCCCUUCACGGCUCGCUCGUUCUCAACAACGUCAAGCUCAACAAUGUUCCGACUGCGGUCAGCGUUACCGACGGCACGGUGGUGCUGGCCGGCACUUCGGGAAGCACGACCAUCCAGUCCUGGGGCCAAGGUAACGUGUUCAAGGGGACUUCGCAGACGGGCACGUUCCAGCAGGCGAACCUACCCGUGCCGAGCAAGCCCGCGAGUUUGCUCGACAGUGCCGGACGAAUCUUUGGCCGGUCGCAUCCGCAAUACCAGACCUACGCCGCGAGCCAGUUCGUGAGCGUGCGCAGCCAGGGCGCAAAGGGUGAUGGCACGACCGACGAUACUGCCGCGCUUCAAGCUGUCUUCAACAAUUUCGCGUGCAGCAAGAUCAUCUUCAUCGAUCAUGGAACAUACAAGAUCACCAACACGCUCACCAUCCCUGCCGGCGCUCGUGUUGUCGGCGAGGUCUGGCCCGUGAUCUUGGGUUCCGGUUCGGCCUUCAACGACCAGAACAACCCGAAGCAGGUCGUCAAGGUCGGCAACGCUGGUGACACGGGUACGAUUGAAAUCACCGACGUGCUCUUCGCAACCCAAGGCCCGACUGCUGGCGCCAUCGUCGUCGAAUGGAACAUUCACGAGGACGCCCAGGGCACCGCCGGUAUGUGGGACUCCCACGUUCGCCUCGGCGGCGCGGCCGGCACGAACCUGCAGUCGGCUCAGUGCCCAUCCGGCUCGGACAACAAUGCGUGCAUGGCUGCGUUCCUCGCGUUCCACAUCACGAGCGCCGCGACGGCCUACCUUGAGGGCACAUGGGUUUGGCUGGCGGACCACGACCUCGACAGCUCGGGCCAAGGCCAGCUCACGCAGUUCAGCGGUCGUGGUAUACUAUCCGAAAGUCAGGGUCCCGUAUGGUUGAUUGGCACCGGGAGCGAGCACCACGCGCUAUACCAGUACUCGUUGGUGAACGCCGCCAACCAUUACAUGGGCCUCAUCCAGACCGAGACGCCGUACUACCAGCCCGCGCCCGCGCCACCAACUCCCUUCUCGACGAACAGCGCCUUCCACGACCCGACAAUACCUGAUCAGGCCGCGUGGGGUCUGACCGUGCAAAACUCGCAGAACAUCCUCGUGUUCGGCGCCGGACUGUACAGCUUCUUCCAGAACUUUGGCCAGGCAUGCCUGAACACGUUCAACUGCCAAUCGCAGAUCCUCAACGUGGACUCGGCGUCGACCAUCUCCAUUUUCAGCUUGAGCACGGUCGCGACGACGUGGCAGUUGUCUGUGAACGGUGCCGGCGUCGUGCCGCAGAGCGCGAACAGGAAUGGCUUCCAGAGCACGAUGACCGCGUGGACCAGAUCUUGAAUAACGAGCCGAUCCGGACGAACCUUCACGACGAAGACACGACGAAUCCCGACUGGUCGUGAGAUGUAUAGUGUCAUCACCCGAGCAAGGCCACGGCUGAGUGGAAAUGUACGGUUACAUGGUGUAUUUGUAGACUAUGGGAUGCAUAUCGGGAAAGUCAC